AUGACACGACCCGAUUCCACGAAUACGACCCAGAAAGCUUCGAAUGGAGGUCAUACACGCGGAGUUGCACGACCCAACACGUCUGGAGAAAGAAGGGCAGCUAGCAAUACGGCACGACGCCAGGAUCAUACGGUUCAAAACACAGGUCGUACUGAACCCGCAAAGCCUCAUCCAGCUUCUGGCAGACGAUCAACUGGAUCUACCACAGACGAAGAAGAUUAUAGAGAACUAUUUAUUCGUCUCCAGAAUACAGGACGACAACGAAAUUCCAACAGCAGCUCUACUCGGCGCUCGCGUUCAGACAACACCGCUGAUCCCCCAAAACCUGUUAGACAAACGACAAGUGAAGAUACUGUGGACACACUCCCAAUCGAGCUGGAGCAGGGAGAAGACAAUAGUAAUGGAGAUGGUCUGGAUGAGAAAACGCACUUGGAUGCGCUGAUAGAUGCUACUGACAAGUUUCUGGGCCCAUCGGAUCCAGAUUAUCCUAUCGUACUCACGGGUGCAGGCCCAAAGUUCCUUGACGAAAUACAAUCAAGUAAAAGUACCAAGAAACGUAAAACACCUCGCAAGACUUCGAAGGAAAUACGUCAAGGAACACCUUUCCCAGACGAGGCUCGCACAACUACCAAGAAAAGAAUAGGAACCGAGAAUGGUGAGCCUCAAGAUGAAAGUUACGGUACCUCUCAAUACCUUGAACCUUCCCACAAAAGACGUCGAAUAAUCAGCGACUCGGAGCACUCACCGGUCCCGAACAGCAUAGAUUCAAACCUGGACAUCUCGGACAAGGAAACGAGAAACUUUGGCCCCACUCCAAAAAAUCCGUUGUAUGAAGUGCAGAGUCCCAAAUCCCCGCCAGAACCUCCUAGUUGGGAAAGGUGGGGGACGGGGAAGAGGUUCAAAUUCAAACCAAGAGCUACCCAGCAGGAAAUCAAAGGAAGUCAGCCAGAUGGUGCAAAAGAUUCGGUCAAAGAUGGAGCGGAAAUAUUUUGA